AUGGAUGCUGCGGGAAGGGGCUGCCAUUUGCUGCCCCUGCCAGCGGCGCGCGGACCUGCCCGCGCUCCCGCCGCCUCCAGCUCCCUCAGCCCGCCCGGCCUUUGCAGCGGCACCGCCUUGGCUUCCUCCGCGGCCGCCGGAGCGGUCGCCAUGAACCCCAGCUCCUCGGCGGGAGAGGAGAAAGGGGCGACGGGCGGCAGCAGCAGCAGCGGAAGCGGCGCCGGGAGCUGCUGCCUAGGCGCCGAGGGCGGCGUGGACCCGCGGGGUGCAGGGGCAGCGGCUGCUGCCGCCCUGGAGGAGCCCGCGGCCGCCGGACAGAAGGAGAAGGAAGAGGCGCUGGAGGAGAAGCUGAGGGACUUAACUUUCCGGAAGCAGGUCUCUUACAGGAAAGCCAUCUCCCGGACGGGCCUCCAGCAUCUGGCGCCUGCACAUCCUCUCGGCCUUCCUGUGGCGAACGGCCCAGCGAAGGAGCCUAGAGCCACUCUGGACUGGAGCGAGAAUGCUGUGAACGGGGAGCACCUGUGGCUGGAGACCAACGUCUCGGGCGACCUCUGCUACCUGGGCGAGGAGAACUGCCAAGUCCGAUUUGCAAAAUCUGCUCUCCGGAGGAAGUGUGCGGUCUGCAAAAUUGUGGUCCACACGGCCUGCAUUGAGCAACUAGAGAAGAUUAAUUUCAGAUGUAAGCCAACAUUUCGGGAAGGAGGCUCCAGAUCACCAAGAGAAAACUUUGUGCGUCAUCACUGGGUUCACAGGCGGCGGCAGGAUGGAAAAUGUAAGCAGUGUGGUAAGGGCUUCCAGCAAAAGUUCUCCUUCCACAGUAAAGAGAUCGUGGCUAUCAGCUGUUCUUGGUGCAAGCAGGCGUUUCACAAUAAGGUGACCUGCUUCAUGCUGCAUCACAUUGAGGAACCCUGCUCCCUGGGGGCCCACGCUGCUGUUAUUGUCCCUCCCACCUGGAUCAUUAAGGUGAAGAAACCUCAGAACUCCCUGAAGGCUUCCAGUAGGAAGAAGAAAAGAACGAGCUUUAAAAGGAAAGCCAGUAAAAGAGGAACCGAGCAGGAAAACAAAGGUCGUCCUUUUGUGAUCAAGCCCAUCUCCUCUCCUCUCAUGAAGCCUUUGCUUGUGUUUGUGAACCCAAAGAGUGGGGGCAACCAGGGAACCAAAGUCCUUCAGAUGUUCAUGUGGUACCUGAACCCACGGCAAGUCUUCGAUCUUUCUCAGGAAGGGCCAAAAGAUGCGCUGGAGUUGUACCGGAAGGUACCGAAUCUGCGAAUUCUGGCCUGCGGUGGGGAUGGAACGGUGGGCUGGAUCCUCUCCAUCCUGGAUGAGCUGCAGCUGAGCCCACAGCCUCCUGUGGGGGUGCUUCCACUGGGGACUGGGAACGACCUGGCUCGGACGCUCAACUGGGGAGGGGGCUACACCGAUGAGCCUGUUUCUAAGAUCUUGUGCCAGGUGGAAGAUGGGACUAUUGUACAGCUGGACCGCUGGAACCUCCAUGUGGAGAGAAACCCGGACUUGCCACCAGAAGAACUUGAAGAUGGCGUGUGUAAGCUUCCCCUGAAUGUCUUCAAUAAUUACUUCAGCCUCGGAUUUGAUGCUCACGUCACCUUGGAGUUCCACGAGUCACGAGAAGCAAAUCCGGAGAAAUUCAAUAGUCGUUUUCGAAAUAAAAUGUUCUAUGCAGGGGCAGCCUUUUCUGAUUUCCUACAGAGAAGUUCUAGAGACCUAUCAAAACACGUCAAAGUUGUCUGCGAUGGAACAGAUCUCACCCCAAAGAUCCAGGACCUGAAGUUCCAGUGUAUAGUAUUUUUAAAUAUUCCCAGAUAUUGUGCUGGCACAAUGCCCUGGGGAAACCCUGGAGAUCACCACGACUUUGAACCCCAGCGUCACGAUGAUGGCUACAUUGAAGUCAUCGGAUUCACCAUGGCCUCCUUGGCUGCCCUGCAAGUUGGGGGCCAUGGAGAAAGGCUGCACCAGUGUCGGGAAGUGAUGCUUCUGACUUACAAGUCCAUCCCCAUGCAAGUAGAUGGGGAGCCAUGUAGGUUGGCACCCGCCAUGAUUCGGAUCUCCUUGAGGAAUCAGGCCAACAUGGUACAGAAGAGCAAGCGGAGAACGUCCAUGCCUUUGCUCAAUGACAUCCAUCAGGUGCAAGCUGCGGACCUGCGGCGAGUGUCUGCUCCCCCCGGCUCCUUCACCAUUCCCCAGUCUGUCCCAGAUCGCCUGAGGAUCCGAGUGAACAAAAUCAGUUUACAAGACUAUGAAGGACUCCACUAUGACAAAGAGAAACUCCGGGAAGCGUCCAUCCCUCUGGGUAUUCUUGUUGUUCGUGGAGACUGUGAUUUGGAGACCUGCCGUAUGUACAUAGACCGCCUACAGGAGGACUUGCAGUCAGUUUCUUCUGGGUCACAGAGAGUUCAUUACCAGGACCAAGAAACCUCCUUCCCCAGGGCGCUCUCAGCUCAGAGGCUGUCCCCUCGGUGGUGCUUCCUAGAUGCGACUUCUGCUGACCGCUUUUAUCCGAUAGACAGAUCUCAGGAACAUUUGCACUUUGUGAUGGAGAUUUCUCAUGAUGAGAUUUUUAUUCUGGACCCAGACAUGGUGGUGUCACAGCAGGCAGGGACCCCUCCAGGAAUGCCUGACCUGGUCGUUGAACAGGCCUCAGGGCUGUCUGACUGGUGGAACCCGGCCCUGAGGAAACGCAUGCUGAGUGACAGCGGGCUGGGGAUGAUCACACCCCACUAUGAGGACUCAGAUAUGAAAGAUCUCAGUCACUCCAGAGUGCUACAGUCACCAGUCUCUUCGGAAGAUCAUGCAAUUUUGCAGGCAGUAAUAACUGGUGACCUUAUGAAGCUCAUAGAAAGCUAUAAGAACGGAGGCAGCUUGUUAAUUCAGGGACCAGACCACUGUUCACUCCUUCACUACGCAGCUAAAACUGGCAACGGGGAGAUUGUGAAGUACAUCCUUGACCAUGGACCUGCAGAAUUGUUGGAUAUGGCAGACAGUGAAACGGGCGAGACCGCACUGCACAAGGCCGCCUGCCAACGGAACCGGGCUGUGUGCCAGCUUCUGGUGGACGCGGGAGCAUCUCUGAGACAGACAGACUCCAAGGGAAAGACACCCCAAGAACGAGCACAGCAAGCCGGGGACCCAGAUUUGGCAGCUUAUCUAGAAAGCCGACAGAACUUUAAGAUCAUUGGCCACGAGGACCUGGAAACUGCUGUUUGACCCUGGCUGACAGGCACAAAGAACUCGAGCAAGCGUAUCACCUACGCCCUCCCAGCCACUGGGCAGCUCCCCUGGAAGAAGCUAAUGGAAUUCAUAUCGGCCUCUCUCCCGCAAGGAUCUAUCUGAGACCACACCACCGGGUGUUCAGGGCUACCAGCAUGUCCAAUAGGACAUGAUAGCCCAUUGAGAAGGAGGCAGGCCACCUGGAGAUUUGUGGAGUACGUGUUCCACAAAAUUUGAUCCUUAUUGCUUCCAGCAAGUAGCAUGAACUUCUGCGUUCACCUGUCUAAUUGAUUUCAAAGAUUCUGAGGAUGUUCACACAAAUGGCACUGCUCCCUCCUCCCCCUCUGCAUUCAUCUUUCCCUUCUACCACAUAACCUUACUGUAAUCACCCACCGAUUUAGAAAAUACACUGUCUCCUCUCUUUACUUUCAGUCUUCCAACCACAAGGUUGUCUGAAGGUCUUUUGAAACCCUCCUGGAUGUCUUGCAGAAACAUAUCUGUAAAACCACUUCCAUUUGCAGACUAAAUAUACCAAGACUAGUUAGUGGCUUUGCAUGUCCCCUACCCCCUCUGGUUUCAUCACACAGGAGCUGGGAGGUGCCACAGGGGUAACGUCAACGUGUGUGCUCUGUCUUGCUCUGUCUCUGAGGUGUGGCGGAGCAACAUGGGAGCUGCCUGUGCUUGAAGUACUGCAGAGAGAUUGCCCAGGGGUCAUCCCAGGCAGCUGGGCUGUUGGUGAUCAGAGGACUGGUUCAGCUUGGGCUGUUUGUACAGCUCGGUACUGCCUAUGUGUAGCCAUCUCUGCCUUCUGCUGCAGGGGAGAUGUGUCUGGGAGUCGGUGAAAGCCCAUAGCUAGUUUACAGAGCCAUGCGAUUCUAAGAGCUGUUUCAGGGAACAAGGUUGGGCCCGUCUAGGACAGUGGUUAUAGGAAAUGGAGCCUUCAAAUGUUUAGUCCUAAGCUUUGCAAAGUGGUAAUAGAAAGCAGCCUAAUUGGCUUGGGAAAAAAAAGGUAGCAAAAAUAAAAGUAGCAAAGUAUGUCACAACAAUAUACUUCAGUAGGAAAACAGCCUUUGGCAUUUUGGGCUAAGGCUAAUGACUGCCGGCUCUUGGAUACAGUGGUGAGAGGGGUUCAGGUUUGUUUUUUCUAAGAGUUCAGUUUUCAAGGAAGGCUUGACCCAAGGACAAAGCCUCAUUUCGCCAGUUCCGUGGUCAGACGCUCAGGAUGUCUGGCCCUUCCUAGUCUGUGCUUCACUCGUGACUUUUUAGGUUCUGAGAUCAUGUGUGAUGACCCUGUUUUCCAUGUAUUUGGGCGUUUAUUAAGCUCUGCUCCAUACUUUAUUUUCUCCUGUCGCGAAUUUCUUAAUAUAAACCACUGUGGCAGAAACGGCUUUAUGAGAUCAUCCCUUCUCUUCAUGCCAUGGAUCUGGAGGGAUCCGGUAAUGAAGAGGACGGGGAGAAAUCGCUUUCUACUCAAAAAUCUCCGAGUUAGGUGAGGGCCACAAACACAAGUGGUGUAUCUGAGGGCUUUUUAUUCUGCUUUCUUUCAUUUUCUUUUUCUCUUACAUACAGGAAAAUGUUUUCCUCUGUGUUUCUGCAUGUGACCUUUAAUCUCACAGUCCAGUGGGGACAAUUUGUUUAUCAGAAUCACAUAUCAUCAUUUGGAAGAGAUGGAUAUAAUAUACCAUAUUAAGUACAAGCAGGCUUUGAGUGGGUGGGGGCUUCAUUACCAGAGACUCCCUAAAGUCAUUUCAGGACCAAACUUGGCAUCAUUUCUAGCUGGGGGAAAAGGCGUUGGCUAAGAGUAGUGUGUUCCUAGGCAUCCAUCUCAGAACUGCAAUUUUCUCUUAGCUUUUGCAGGGAGGGGAAGCAGAGGGUCUGGACUCGAUUGUCUCGAGGAGCUGAGGUCACUGGGUUUCUGUUAGGACUUUUUCAGUUGUUGGGGCUGUCAAGGAAAUAUUGUAAUGACAAAUAUAAUCCCUAGAAGGGACUGGAACCUGUCUUUGAAUGGAGCCUUCCUUCUCCUAGAUCGAGCCAAACAUUUGGCCAAGCAGUUGGUUAUCCAGCUGGCCAGUGCUGAGAUGCAGGACUAUAUUUUCAUUAACCACCAUCUCACAUUUCUCUGAGAAUGCUUCAAAACAGCCCAGAGAAAACUUAGGAUAGAGGUGGCUAUGGGCCAAUCCCAAUAACUCCAACGAAGGCACGAAUAAAUCCCUGGCAUGAAAGUAGAUGCAGUCUUGACUACUGCAAGGGUCCUGGUACAUGUAGAAAUUGCACCCCUCCCCUCACAGAAAGAGAAAAAAAUAGAUUCUACAUUAUUGUUGAGGAAGGAGCAAUGUGCAUGAUCUGUCUCUGGAAAAAUAGCACCUCUAAGACUUGGUGUUUCAAAAUCAAUGUGAGUAGAGAAGCCACAGAUUUUUAUUAUUUUAUCAUUAAGUCUACCUCCUGUAGGCUUUUUAAAAAAUUAUUUGUUGUGUGUGGUAGUUCUGAGCAUGAGAAAGAGCUAAAGCCAUGUGGUUCAGGAGUGCCUGCCAUUGCUUAAGUAUAUAGUGUCCCAUUUAGUGAGCCAACAGGAGGUACAGAAGAAAAUGGUACAAUCCUGACCUUGCUAAGUUUCUCAGACAUAAAAAUAUGUACCUACAGGAAAAAAUGUUUAUGCAGCGAGCUGGGGCUGUGUUGUAAGAAACAGGCAACCUAGCAAGUCUCCUGUAUCCAGUUCCUUGGGUUGUAGAACUGUCCUCUUUGGAAUUCCUCUUUAAGUUCAGCUGGUAGGAGGAUGAAGAAUGAAAUGUUAUUAAAAGACAGAUUUUUAGUGCUGUAAAGGUAAUCAUUUUUGUAACCCCAUAUUCCACAGGCCAUGAAACAUUCGCCCAGUCCUUGCCCCUACCACAUUCACUAACGUGACAGAGGCCAGGAGAGGAUUCAUUAACCUAGAAGGCUAAACAUAAUGACUGGGGAUUUUUGCUUUGAGAUUUCUGGUCACCUCCAUAGAGGUGAUAAUUGAAACCCAAUGGGAGUUCCAAAGCAGAAUUCAGCUGCAGUGAAAUUAGUAAGAACUGGCGGAAGGCCCCUGUAUCAUGUUGCUUUCUACCUUGCCAGAAACUGCCCAGGCAGAUUUGGCUGGGUUCUAAGAUGCUCAACAGGGCAUUACUUUUCCCUGGAACCUGGUAGAAACUCCUUUGCCCAAUGGGUCUCUGAAAUGUAUUUGCUAGAAUUCCUAGAAUAUUCAUGUCAAAGAAAACAAGGGGUGUCAGUUUCCUUUGAUCAUAUGACAAUGAUAUGAACACACAUUUUAGUUAUGGAAGUAGCUAGCACAUGCAUUUUAUACAAGUUCUAACUCCACGGAAAGUGUCACAUGCAGCGUGAAGUCAUCCUCUGCUGGUGUGUCUCAGUCCCCAGCAAGAGACACCGUCAAUGUGGACAAACAUGAUUGCUUGUAGGUUAUGUCAGAAAUAUCUUGCUCAUAUACAUAUAUAUCUGUACAUGUACACGCAUAUCCACCCAUCCAUAAGUAGAAAUUAUUUAUUUGUAUACAUAUGUGGACAUAUAUGCCAUACACACAUAAUGCAUAUGUUUAGACAAGAAGACAUUCUAAAAGCAUGCCAAUCAUCUUUAUGUGUAUAGUUAACACUCAUAGGUGAUGACACAGAAUUUUCAUUUAGCUGUUAUUUCCUCCAUCCCUGAGCUUACUUCUACCCAUACAUCACUGUAGUUGCCCUUGGCAUUGGCUACUGUCAGAGUCAUAAAGUCCAUGACCAAUAA